CGCGGAAGCGCACAAUCAUCUCGCUUCCGCUUAUUGCGCCGGCUCAGGGCGCGGGCAGGGCUCCGUCGAGCACUCGAGACAGCUUUCGCGUGCGGAUCGUGCCAGCCGAACAAAUGAGCACCAUGUGGGACGACGAUGUCGACGACGAAGGACUGUUCGCUUGGCAGGGCACACUCGUCGUGCGCAGCUCAGGGCCUGAGGCGUACACCUACGCGCGCGAGGCUGUCAAAGACUUCAAGAUCCAGUUUCGAGGGCAUGAGCAACCGCUUGCGCAUGCCGCUCGAUCCUCCUCUUUUGCAACGCAAGCCGGGAGCGGCGGAUCAUGGUGUGCACAUUACAAAGGCCACCGUGAGCGCGCGCGCGACGGCCACUUGCCCUGCCUCGAUGUCUCCCAUGGCAUCGUGGUCGAGAGACUUUUGGAGCCUGUGCCGUCGCAAGGAGCGGGUGGGAAUACGCUCACUUGGUUCAUACGGUUCUGGGUGCCUGUGCCGGUCGCUCUGAUUGCGCGCGCGGAGCACAAGUCGUUCGUGUGCCAGGCGAGAGUGAAGAUCCAGCAUGGGGAGUCAUCGUCUGAGGAGAUGUGGGUGUCUGCGGAGGACGUCGUCGUUGGGAUAGAGCGGCUGAAGCUGAAGCAAUUGCCUGUCAAGCCUCGUGCGCUCAAUGAAUAAUCUCAUAGUACUGCUAAUCCACGGCGACAAAUGAUCUUGUGCGCGAAAUAUCACCUCGGACCGUCUGUGACAUGAUACACCUACUCGCCUACACACACUACGAUGCAUAUUCAAGUACUGCG